AUGGCUACGCAAUAUCCCAAGAAGAAGUGCGGUGUCCUUGGUGCCACUGGCUCCGUGGGCCAGAGGUUUAUUCUGCUCCUUGCGGACCACCCUUUCCUCGAGCUUCAAGCCGUGGGUGCCUCGGAGCGCUCUGCGGGCAAGCGCUACAAGGAUGCCGUCAGAUGGAAGCAGAUGACUCCCAUGUCUGAGAGACUGAGCCAGCUUGUACUACGUGACUGCAAAGCAGAGCAGUUCCAGGACUGUGACAUUGUUUUCUCCGGGCUGAACAGCGAUGUCGCAGGUGAUGUCGGUAUGGAAACCAACCCAAUAGCUUUUGACCAUUGCUCCAGAAAACAGUGGCUGAUACAAGUUCACUUUUUAGAGAUGGAGUUCAUCAAGGCCGAAAUCCCUGUCUUCUCAAACGCCAAGAACUAUCGCAAGCACCCUCUUGUCCCCCUGGUGGUGCCGACCGUGAACCCCAGCCACCUCGAUCUGAUCCCUCACCAGAGGAAAGAGUUUGGUCUGAAGAAGGGCUUCUUGGUCUGCAACUCGAACUGCGCCGUCAUCGGAAUUGUCAUUCCCUUUGCCGCUCUGCAAGCAAAGUUCGGUCCCGUUGAGGAAGUUGAGGUGUUCACCGAGCAGGCCAUUUCGGGAGCUGGCUAUCCAGGCGUGCCCAGCAUGGAUAUCGUGGAUAAUGUUAUCCCCUACAUCAGCGGUGAAGAGGACAAGUUGGAGAAUGAGGCUCAGAAGAUCUUGGGCUCGCUCAACGCAGGCGCCUCUGCCUUCGAUGAGCAAAAGGGCCUCACUAUCGGCGCUACCUGCACUCGUGUCGGCGUCACCGAUGGCCACAUGGCCUUCGUGUCCCUGCGUUUCAAGAACCGCUCGGCAGUCCCCAGCGCCGAGGAGGUUGCCCAGGCCAUGCGGGAAUACCAAUCCGAGGCUCAGAAGCUCGGUGCUCCUUCCGCUCCUAAGGAAGCGAUCUUCGUGUUUGACGAGCCUGAUCGUCCGCAGCCCAGACUCGACCGGAACAUCAACAACGGGUACACCGUUAGCGUCGGCCGCGUCCGCGAGGGGCAGAAGGGCGGCUACUUCGACAUCAGAUUCGCUGCGCUUUCCCAUAACACAGUGCUCGGCGCCGCUGGGUCUUCUAUCCUGAAUGCCGAGGUCGCUGUCAUCAAGGGUUACGUGUAG